CUAUUGCUGCAUCAGGCAUAACAAAGUUAUGUGACAGACAGAGAUACAUAUAUUUUCGCUGUACUUGAAUUUGUUUUUUAAAAGAGCAAUGCAACCACAGAGCUUUAUGCAGCUAGCUAUUAGGUGAAAGUAUCGCGAUAGACGGUCCAAGUGGCUCGCAGACGAGACCUAUGGGCUGGUCAGACACUCUGCUCACAGCGCGAGGCAGGAGCCGAAGCAGCAGCAGCAGCACCCAAAGCAUCUGGAAGGAAGCGGAAAUAAACGUCGCUGGCUAGUUCGAGUUUAAGCAAAAACAGACGGAUUUUGUAUAUUUACCUCCACUAACAAAACUAUAAAGUGUGGAUUCUAAACAAUAAGGACAUUUGAUCAAGCAAGAAGUUUACAUUUCACAGGUUAACUGGCGGAUACCUUCUGUGAGCUUUAUGUGAGGAGCCAUCCCUAAAGGAACGGGUCAUAGACGGGAGGAGCGACUCGGAGCAAGCAACCGAUCACAGAAUUCUUGAACAGUUAUUUUUUUAUACUGAAGUUACUGGUCUCCACACAUCAACGACAGGGAAUAAAACAGCAUUCACCCUCACAAGUACCCUAAACCCACAGUUAUCCAACAAUCCGUACCAUGGAGGCCAUUGCCAAAUAUGAUUUCAAAGCCACUGCUGACGACGAGUUAAGUUUUAAACGUGGGGAAGUUCUAAAGGUAUUAAAUGAAGAGUGUGACCAGAACUGGUACAAAGCAGAAUUGAACGGGAAAGACGGCUUCAUCCCCAAGAACUACAUAGAGAUGAAAGCACAUCCGUGGUUCUUUGGCAAGAUCCCUCGUGCCAAGGCAGAGGAGAUGUUGAACAAACAGAGGCACGACGGGGCCUUCCUCAUCCGAGAGAGUGAGAGUGCGCCAGGGGACUUCUCCCUAUCUGUCAAGUUUGGAAAUGACGUUCAGCACUUCAAAGUCCUGCGUGAUGGGGCAGGAAAGUACUUCCUGUGGGUGGUGAAGUUCAACUCGCUCAACGAGCUGGUGGACUACCACCGCUCCACCUCUGUAUCCCGCAACCAGCAGAUCUUCCUGCGUGACAUUGAGCAGGUCCCCCAGCAUCCCACAUAUGUACAGGCUCUCUUUGACUUUGACCCCCAGGAGGAUGGCGAGCUGGGCUUCCGACGCGGAGACUUCAUCCAGGUCCUGGACAACUCUGACCCUAACUGGUGGAAGGGAGGAUGCCACGGGCUGACGGGCAUGUUCCCCCGCAACUAUGUGACACCAGUCAACCGGAACAUGUAAAGAAACACACAAAUAUCAACAACCACCCCAUAUCAACCCAUCAAGAAGACAUCAGGAACAGAGAGGGAGAAUGCAACAAGGAAUGAAAAAUGGAGGAGGAGUUCUGUCGACGGCAUCACCUUGUCGGUGGCAGCUGAGCAAAGCCAACUUUUAACACUGAGAAUGUUCGCCUCCAUAGUGAACGCUUCAGUCAGAACUGAACUGUUAUUGAGGAAAAACACAGAGAAACUAAGCAUAGUGCACCAAAAGUGAAGAUAAUGAGAAUGAUUCUAUACCUAGACUCCCACAUCUGCUUCUGUCCUCUUCUCUACAUCUUUACAUGCGUUUUCUUUUCCUUUUUUGCUGCAUGUUUUAAUCACCUAAAUUAAAUACCAAUAAAUCCUAACGCUGUUUUAAAUAAAGAUACAUGUACAAAUAUUUUAAAAAGUGAUUGAAAAAAAAAGAAAAAAGAAUACUGAUAUCUGCAGCAAGUUAUGAAGUCCAAGAUCAUUGGCAUUGUACAUCAGCCCAGGGCUGUAUAAAUAAAUCACCUACAGUAUAGAGAGAAUCCAUUUUUUAAGAAUAUAUAUUAUAUAUAUUUGUAUGUGUUUUACCAGUCAUCACAAAUUGUAUUGUUUCUUUUCCAUCUGUAAAUUAUGUUAAAAAAUGUUAGUCUGGAAUAGACCUAGUAGCUCUGGGAUAAGCUGAAUUGUCAGUAUAAUUGUCUGUAUAAUUUUUCCUGAAUUAUUUGAGGGCUCCUAGAUAAAAUGGCAUGAUAUUUAAAACAUGAAAUAAUUUCCUAAUUUUCUGUUAUUUUUAACAAAACCAAUCGUGUCAGGAAGCUAACGCCGAGCAGCGAGUAGAGCCAUGUAUGUUGCAUGAGCUGUUGUAUUAUGAAACCCUGUAAAAGGCCAUCCACCUUUUGAAGCCAAUGUAUUUAUUGCAGCCAUUUUACUCUUGGGCCGUGAAUGUAGCUGACUGAGUCCAUAGACAUUGACAUGAGGGAAGCAAGGUCGGAGAACUGAACAACACAACUGCAAGGGAUUUCCGAGAAGUGCUGAAUUAAUAAUGGUGUCAAUAUAAAAUUAUAUAGAGAGAUGUAUGAAAAAUAUGCAUCAAUCACACACGCGCACACAUUAACAGUCCCCUCCUUGUUAGACUCAUACAUAACAAGUAGGUGAGUUGGAUAAUCACAUGAUGGCGUGAUAAACAGUUUGAGAAAAUUGUGUCUUUUAUGCUUAAAGUUGAGAGAUCAGCUUGACCAAUGUUGUUUUUCUCUCGUCUGUGGCGUGUCAAGCACUUUUUAUGUUAAGCAUUUGAUUUCUGGUCUGGUGUGUUUUUUUUCUGUGUGUGUUUAGUUUAGUUUGUUCUCUCUGGAUAGUGCCUUUCUCUCUGGUGUUUCAGUGUCUCCGACCUGCUGCUUUGAGCCCCUUUGUGGGGCCCGUCAAUCCUGCAGUGAGAAACCAUGUACAUAAUCCAACUUGUCCCAUCAACGCCACAUCUCCCUCCCUCCCUGUGCCCUUUCCAACAUGGAACUUUUCUUAUUUAAGUGUAUCUUGCCUUCUCUUCCCUAUUGAUACUGUUUUUUUUGCCUCUUUUUUUAAAUUUAAUUUUUAAAUAAAAAUGCAAUUCUACAAAUAAAAAAAGAGCAACCAUGUGGUGUGGUCCAUA